UUCCAAUUCAGCGCCACCUGGCGGAUCAUAAUCCAAGAUGGCGGCGUAUGGUGUGUCCGUGUCACAGCACAUGUUUUUAGUGUUUUAUCAGCGCUACGCGUCAAAUUAGACUUUUUCCAGAAAAUCUUCGUGCUUAAAUGCGUAUAUAGAUACAAAAUGCCUCAUCACUGCUGUGUGCCACAUUGUACAAAUAAUUCCAAGACAAAAGAUGGUUACUCUUUUCAUACAUUCCCUAAAGACCCUUCAGUGGCAAAAAAGUGGGUGAUUGCUAUACGCAGAGAUCAAGGUGCAGAUUUUGAUAUCAACAAAGAGACAAGAGUAUGCUCCGUUCACUUUAACGCAGACUCUUACCAUCCUACCACUGCUAUUCAUGUUCGAAAACGUUUGCGAGGGACUGCUGUACCAUCAGUAUUUCAAUGGACUGUACAGAAACCCGUCAGAAGGAAACUCAGCCUUCUCAUGAAAAGUCCAAAUUGUGGAAAUGUAGAAUCCAACAAUACAAGUUUCCCAGAAAAACAUGUUUUGGAAAGCUGUAAUAAUGAUUGUGAUGAGCCUUUGCUUGUAGACCAGCCUUUUAGUAGUGAGGAUAGUUUAACAAAUGUGGAUUGGGCUGAAUCUCCAGACAAGAGUAAAUUAAAAGAAACCAACAGUGUUCUACUUCACAUUAGGAACAAAGAGAAGUUUUCAAUUCUACGGUUUUGUAAUUCCGAUUCUGAUAUCAGAUAUUACACAGGAUUUUCAUCAUACCUAGCCUUACACUGUUUCUUCACAUUCUUACAACCGGCUUGUAGCUUUUUGUACUAUGUAGGGACAGACAACACAUCUGAAGGGACACCUUACAUAUUUCUCAACAAACGUGGAAAGUCCAGAUCCUUGUCGCCUAUGGAAGAGUUAUUUGUAACUCUUGUUCGUCUUCGGAAAGGUUUACCAGAAAAACAUUUAGGUGACCUGUAUAACCUUUCUGAGGGACAUGUGUCAAAAAUACUCAACACUUGGAUUGCUUUUCUUGACAACAGACUGUCUUCGCUACCAAUUUGGCCACAAAGAGAUCAUGUGAAUAACACCAUGCCAGCAAUUUUCAAGACAUAUUUUUCCUCUACUCGAACCAUAAUUGACUGCACAGAAAUAUUCAUAGAACACCCAUCUGCCUCGGAGUGUCAGCGGGAGACAUUUUCCUCGUACAAACAUCACAACACUGCAAAGGGUCUCAUUGCCAUCGCACCAAGUGGCCAAAUCACAUUUAUUUCUCCGCUCUACUCUGGGCGAUGUUCAGACAAGAAAAUAAUUCGCCAUUGUGGAUUGUUGGACCUGAUAGAGGAAGGAGAUGGUGUCAUGGUUGAUCGCGGCUUUGACAUUACAACAGAUCUUGAAAACAGGGGUGCUCAUCUUAUAAUGCCUGCCUUUUUAAGUGGAAAAGACCAAUUCACUCCUGAUCAGUUAUCUCAAUCCAGAGAAAUAGCAACAGUGCGCGUCCAUGUUGAGAGGGCUGUGAGGAAGAUCAAAGAAUUUGAAAUUCUGAGACACACAGUUCCCAUCACAUUGUGUCCUAUGCUUGAAAAGAUAUGGAAUAUUUGUGGACAUUUGGCUAAUUUCUCAGGGAGUGGAACAUUGUUUAGACAACCCAAAGAUGUCUCCACUUGUAAAGAAUAAAGACACAUUGAUAAUGCUCUCAUGUUUAAUGAAAUGUCAGAUUCUUUUCAUAUAUGAACACUUUAUAAUAUGAUACAUAUAAAACAUGUUUCCAUGGUGAUCAAAGUUUCAAAAAUAUUAUGUUGAAUUUUGUACAAUUUUUGUGACAAUAAAAUGCAUUUUCAAAUACUGUCAUAGUAGUAAUACCAUGAAAAAAUUCCAAGCAAAAAAGUUUGUAAAUAAUACAUUUCUACAAAUGAAA